AUGGAGAGCGACUUCGAGUCCGGAUCGGACCUCCCACCGGAGCUGAACUUCAAUAGCGACGACGAGCCUCCGUGCCCUCAGGCUGGCGAUGUGGCAGGGCAUUUGCAUGCAGGCUAUGGAGAUGAGAUCUGCGUCCGUUGGCUCCCGCUGGCGUCCACCCCGGUUGUAGGGACACCUGAGAAGACCGCCGAGCUCCUGCAGCUCCUCGACGGCGCACAGCCUCAGUGGACGACGCUGGGCCAAUCCGCGUCCUUCCCGCAACUCCUGAGUCUGGCGGCGCGGCGCAUGUGCCCCGGCGAAGUGGCGAUCGUCAGCGGGCCUGCGGCGCAUCUGCGAGCUGCGCAAAACUAUCUUUAUUCUCCAGCUGCGCUGGCGGCCCGCGCUGAAGCCUCCGCGUCUUCUGUCGCCUCCGCUUUCCCCCCGUCCUCGUACGCUGCAUUUCGGAAGAGCGAGCUCGCCAGCAAGCGCCGGACUCUCCGCGCGCUUCGGGAAAAAAACAACAAGGAAGAGAAGGGACCACGGAAAGAGAGCGGGAGCUCUCCUGGCCUGUCUCUCGGAAGUGUCGAAUCUCCCCAGGGCGCACGCCUGCCGCCUGCGUCGCCCAGACCUUCUGGAGCAUAUGUCCCCUCUUCCUCUCCCGCAGCGCAUGCAGUUGGGGCCUCGUCGCUGUCUCGUUCCCCGCUGCCGUCCCUCUCUUCUGCCUCGUCCUGUCCUGCGUCGUCUUCCCAGGAAGGGAGGCGCGAAAAGGAGAGACACCACGGCGAGGCAAAUGCCGAGGGAGAAGCGCGCAGCAGCGUCGUUCUUCAGCUUCUCGCCAUUCAACCGAUAAGGAGGCUCACCGAGGACGGCGGCGUCCGAAUGCGCGUGCUGCGGCCGGGGACAGGAUGGCGAUCGCCGGGGCGAAACGACCUCGUUUCCGUUUCCCUCGCGGUCCUUUGCAAAGACGCGUUUUGCCGAGAACUGCAACUCAAGCAGCUUCUGCGCGGGACCAAAGAGCGCGACUCGCCUGCAGGAGACGCCGAGAAAGGCCGCGACGACUCGGCAGAGCACAGAACCCCGGCAGCGUCGCAGCGACAACACGUCGGUCGAGAGGACGAGCAGAACAGAGAAGGGAUAGAGGAGACAGUGAACUCGGAAGACCGACAACGAGUGGCAUGCACUGCGCAGAGUGUCGCGUCUCGUGUGGCUGAGACACAGACAGAGCGUUUCGGGAGCGUUCACACCCCAGGAUGCAGCCCUGAAGGUGCCCAACAGGGAGGCUGCGGCCACGAGCCGUCCCCCGGUGUUUCGUGCUGCAAAGUCGAGAGACGCGUUUCAGGAGAAGACGGAAGACCAUCGCCUGCGUCUCCUGCACUCGCCACCACAGAAAACCCGGAAGAUGAACAAGGAGGGACGGUUCGGUGCCAAGAGGUUGCCAUGGCCGACGUGCCGAUUAGAGGUCUCCAGACGGCGUUGCGGCACAUGAAGCAAGGCGAGGAGACGCUCUUGACGCUGGAGGGCGAGCACGUGCAACUCGAGACGCUGCAUGCAUCGGCUCUAGCUAGCUGGACCUGUUCAUGCUGCGGCCUGCCGCUCGCGGACAGGCGUCGCGCUCCCGUCGGAGAAGGCGGAAGCGAGGAGAGCGAAGGAAGCGCGGCGACGGAAAGCAAGUGCUGCUGCAUGCCGACGCAGGCCUGCUGGUGUGUACGCGCUGGAGACCCGAACCCGGAAAGAUGCAGCGAAGCUCUGCACGUCUACAUCAAGCUCACCAACUGGCGCCCACGCGCCACGAUCUGUGUCCCCUCCCCCGUGGACGCUUCGGAGAGUCUCGGCAGGUUUUCCUUUACGCUGCUGACUGGCCACGCAGAGGACCGCCAGAGGGUUCUUGUCGGGGAAGGACAGAGAGACGCAGGAAGAGCGCCGACCGUGCCGGUCAACUGGAGACCUGAGGAAGGAUCGACUGGGGGAUUGUGGCGCAUCGAUCCGCCGCCUGCUACGCGCCGGGCGUCUCGUCAUUCCGCGGGCGCUUCGUCUUCUGCGGCUCCCUCUUCCUCGUCUUCUUCCUCGUUGUCUCUCUCCGGUGGCGUUUUAAGAGGACUGGGGGGGAGUCUUGCAUGCGCAGCGAGCUCCGCUGAGAAACUCGUUCGCGCGAACGUCGAUGAGGGCACUCUGGAAGCCGUCGUCCGCUGUGUGCGGCAGAAGGAAGUGGAGUGGGGAGGGCGAGAAGGCCGCGAAAACACAGCCAGAGAAAGAGAGAAUGAAGGAGAGAGAGAAAGAGAGAAUGAAGGAGAGAGAGAAAGAGAGAAUGAAGGAGAGGGAGAAAGAGAGAAUGAAGGAGAGAGAGAAAGAGAGAAAGAAGCAGAUCCAAGGGACGGGGAACAGAGACGCGAGGAGGCAGAUGGGAGCAGAGAUAGCAGCGGAGACGCAGUCAGGCGAGUCGAAUGGCAAGGGGAAGAAGCGAUCAAGAAAAUGUUAGACGAAGCAGUCAGAGAAGAAAGGAGACAGAGCCAGGAGACAGAGUCGACGAGAGAAGAGAGCGAAGACAGCCGAGUUGUCGUGACAAUUUGGAUGGCGUCCAUUCUCGAUCGGAGUAAAGACUUGUGGGCUCGAGGAACGCCUGACGAGAAAAUCCAGUUGGUGGAACGAUUCAGACAAGAAGGCAAUCUCCUCCUCAAGCGUGGAUGGUUGGCUGCUGCGUCCGAUCGGUACGCUCGGGCCUUCGACGUGUGCCGAUUCCUUCCGGCCUUCGAAGAGGCGACGCGGCUGCAGCCGCUUCUCGCCACAUCACAGGGAUCCUCCACUGCUUCCACUGUCUCAGCUAUCUCUUCAUCUUCCGCUCCUUCUCUCCUGGGAACUGGAGGUUCUUCCGCGAGUUUCGUGCCGCAGAAACCGAGGGGUGGGCGAGAAGCGCACGCGAGGCAGUCGCAGUCUGCCGCGGGGAGGUCCGCGCUGCCCGAGAGACUCGACGCGCAUGCAGGCGUCGGAGGAGAAACAGAAGGCGAGCUGAGCCUGGCGGAAGUCACGCGCCUCGCGACGAGCGUUCUCAACAACUGGACUCUCUGUUGCCUGCGGCAAAAUCUGUGGCGAGCGGCUGUCCGGCACGCGACGGUGUCCCUGUUGCUCCUCGAGUUGGUGGAAAAAGAACAGGGAGAGGCGGGGAAGGGCCAGAAGGCGAAGACAGAGGAAGAGCUGAAGGAAGGGAAGAAAGAGGAGAAGAAGGAGAAGGAGAUUUUUCAACAUGCCCGGUGUGUCGCGCUCUAUCGGAAGGCCAAAGCUUUGAGUGACGGCGGAGAGACCGACGAGGCGAUUAAGGCGGCGAAGGCGGCGGCGACGAUCGAGCCGGAGGAUUCUGCUAUACAGAUUCUGCUCAAGACGCUUCACCGCCAACGCGCGCACGCACGGGAAUCUGAGAGGGCGACUUUCCUCGGCAUGUUCCAGCGGGCGUCGCGGGAGGCUCGAACAGGCGAGGCAAGAUGA